AUGUCAAGUAAAUUUCUAAACGACAAGAAGAAAAAGCUCCAGGCGUUUAAAAACACGACCAACACUACUGACUUCAUGGCCAAGUCGUACUUGGAGAAAUUUAGCUGGGACUUGAUGCGUGCAGUCGAUGAGUUCUAUGCAAACGAAGGCAAGAGCCUUACACUUGAUAAAGAGUCGACUGUCUCGAUGGACGCCGUGAACGCGUGGUUCGAUAGCUAUACAGACCCUGAUGAUGACGAAGAUGUCAUUAACGAAGAGGGUAUUCUUAAGUUCUGCGAGGACAUUGGUGUAGACCCGCAGGAUAUCGUCGUACUGGUGAUUGCGUGGAAGAUGCAGGCAGCCUAUAUGUGCACAUUUACACGCAAAGAGUGGAAGAAAGGUAUGCAGGAGAUGGAAUGUGACUCUAUCACUCAGCUGAAGGCCAAAGUUUCUGAAUUGCGUGAAGUUAUCGCAAGUGAGACCGAGUUCAAGAAGUUUUACUGCUUCUGUUUUGGUUUUUCCAAGGAACCAGGUCAGAAGAGUCUCAGUAUCGAUAUUGCCACGGCCAUGUGGGAUCUGCUACUAUCGACACGCUUUGAGCAGCUCACGUCGAGUUGGCUGACGUUUUUGGCAGAGAAAAAGCCCGUAAAGGGCGUAACGCGUGAUACGUGGGACUUACUCUAUGAGUUUUUUGUAAAAGUACGCGAUUCCUAUGCCAAUUACGACGAGAAUGAAGCCUGGCCUGUGCUUAUUGAUGAUUAUAUGGUAUGGAUAGACAGCCAGAAGUAA